AUGUCGGCGAUCCUCUCAGUCGACGAGCUGAACGACUUCAUCAGCCCGGGCGUGGCGUGCAUCAAGCCGGUCGAGACGCUGCCACAGAAAACAACACCCAAAGAUAACGACGACAGCAACGAGCACGAAGUCAUACUCGAAGGGCAACCCGGGCAGGGGCAGGAAGGCCUAGCACCGCCGGCGCAGAUAUCGCUUACAGACUGCCUGGCGUGCUCGGGGUGCGUGACGUCGGCCGAGGCGGUGCUAGUCAGCCUGCAGAGCCACAACGAGGUGCUCAGCGUGCUGGACGCGGCGGCGGCGCUGCGGGUAGUCAAUAAUACUAGCAGUGGCGGCAGCGGGUUCGCGGUCGAGGGGCUGCAGGACCCGUCGGCGAGACUGUUUGUGGCGAGCGUGUCGCCGCAGACGCGCGCUAGCCUGGCUGCGGCGUGCGGGCACGGCGUCACGGAGCGGCAGGCCGGCCGCAUGAUCGAGCAGCUGUUCAUGGGCACGGACGGCUUGCCCGGAGGCGGGCGAUGGGGCAACGGGUUCACGUGGAUGGUGGACACGAACACGGCGUGCGAGGCAUGUCUCGUACUCGGAUCUGACGAGGUUCUUAGAGCUACCUCUCCUACAAAGCAGACACUACCGCUUUUGCCGUCCGACAAGCCUGCUACGCCAACCAUUACAUCCUCGUGCCCGGGCUGGGUAUGCUACGCCGAAAAAACACAUCCCUACGUCCUGCCCCAUCUCUCUCGCGUCAAGUCCCCGCAGGCGCUCAUUGGCACCCUCGUAAAAACCACACUCAGCCGUUCGCUCGGGAUUUCCCCCGACAGGAUAUGGCAUCUCGCCAUUAUGCCGUGUUUCGACAAGAAGCUCGAGGCCAGUCGCGAGGAGUUGACGGACGCGGUCUGGGCGGGCGACGGAAAGCCUGGCCGGGGCAUUCGGGACGUCGACUGCGUCAUUACGAGCAAGGAGAUUCUCAUGCUCGCCGCCUCGAGAGGUAUAGACUUCUUUGCACUGCCAAAGGUGGCGGCAUCGCAACCACUCUUUCCCGACCGGCUCAUACACAGCUUCCUGUUCGCCACAAGGAGUCGCCAACAGUCGCGGGUCGCGGGCACAUCUGGCGGUAACCUGCACUAUAUCCUCCAUGACGUCCAGUCGAGACACCCGGGAUCGCGAAUCGAGACGGCCAGGGGCAGAAACGUCGACGUCGUUGAUUACGCCGUCGUUGCUGCGUCCGGUGAGACUUUGUUCAAGGCCGCGCGGUACUAUGGCUUCCGCAACAUCCAGAACUUGGUUCGGAGACUAAAGCCAGCCAAGGCUUCGAGGAUGCCGGGAGGAAAGCCGUUUGGUGGCGCCAAAAGGCCGGUUGGGCGGUCCUCGGGCAUGGAUUAUGCCUAUGUUGAAGUCAUGGCUUGCCCUGGCGGCUGCACCAACGGAGGCGGACAGAUCAAGGUCGACGACCAAGCAAUCAUUGAUCGCAAGGGCCUGCUGACAAAGCCCGGCCCCCAGGAGCAGAAAGACUGGCUGGCCGAGGUUGACGAGGCAUAUUUCUCGGCUGAUGAGCCAGAUUCUGGACAGGACCCGAAGGACGAGGUUGUGGAUGGCAUUUCCCCUUCAAAAAUUCGAGAUACUCUGGCGCAUUGGUCGGACAUGACUGGGAUAGGGCUGGAUAGAUUGGUGUACACGAGUUAUCGAGAGGUUGUCAGCGAUGUUGGUAAGAGCCAAAUAACCGACACCGAGAGGGUUGUGCAGUUGGCUGGCAAGAUAGGGGGUGGUUGGUAA